AUGAAGCGCAGGACGAAGGGGGAGGAUGUAUAUUUUGAAGCUGAGGGGUUGUCUGCGCACUGGCAGCUGAUCCCACAUGCAGGUGGUCGACUCAGUCGCCAGGCAGAUCAAAAAGUCAAGGCCCCGGGUGGACCUCUCUUUGAAAUGGGAAUGGGGCCUAGAUAUCAGACAGAAAACAUAAGCAAGCUCCCAGCCACAGAUCAGCUCCAUAUUCAUGGCUCUGGAGUGAUGGGCAGCGGCAGGACGGCCCGUCUUCAGAAGAGCUCCGCACUCUGGACACUGAUUAAGAGAUCAGUGUCUGACUGGUCCUGGGUGGUGCUGCAAAGUGCAACACGCUCAUCAGUAGUGGCAAUUUGA